ACUUCCCUUCCUACCCUCGUUUUUUUUCCUGACUCCAUGUCCGCUAGGCGGCAGAACCUCUUUUUUUUCUCUCUUCGGAGAGAUGCAGGCGUUCUCAUGUCUAUGGUGUUGUUGGUGGUGGUCGUUAGUAGUUACCACAUCCACAAAGUCAUGACUAAACCCCGUUUAUUUCUACAAUUUAUCUUCUUAAAAUCUGAUUUUAAACCUAACCACACUGAUAACCUUAUUCCUAACCCUAAAUUAAGACCAAAAAUGCAUAAUUUGCGAUAUAUAGCCAAUGUUGACUUUGUGGCUGUGGUAACUUGUGAAAACCGUUGCUGGGCCGCGGCUGUCACAGAAAGAGUCAAGCGUAGUUACCUUAGUCAUGCAGCAACCUCCCCUCUGAAAAUAUUGCAAACAUAUUUUGAAAGGUAACUUGAAUUAGUAUCAGAGACAGGAAUUUGGGUGGAGUGCAGUGUGAGAUGAAAUGACAACGUCAACAUUACAGCCUUGGGAGAGACGAAGGUCGAAAGCCAUGUGUCCUCCCGAAACACAACCCAACCAAGCCGCACUGCUUCUUAACACAGCGCGCCUCCAACCCGGAAGCCAGCUGCACCAAUGUGUCGGAGGAAACACCAUGCAUGCACCAGUCGCUAGUGCAUGAUGAGGCAAGGAUAUCCCUACCGGCCAAGCCCUCCCUAACCCGGACGACGCUAGGCCGAUUGUGCGACGCCCCACGGACCUUCCCGGUCGCGCCCGGCUGCGACAGAGCCUGUGCACGAACCCAGAGUCUAUGGUGGCACAGCUAGCGCUGCGAUGCAGUGCCCUAGACCACUGCGCCACCCGGGGGGCCCCUGUGGCCUAACCUUUUAUAGUCUCUACUUACAUAUCACAUCAAAAUAAUGUCACAAAUGCAAAAUAUACACUUAAUGUACUCUGUUUUAACCGGUUUUAACUUAGUUCUAUCCAACAGUAUUUUUCAGUGACAUGUUUUUGCGUCCGUCUUCCAUUUAAACACGUGUUCGGAGAUGCAGAAACUAAUUAGCACAGAUAUGCCUCAUCUUCCAUCUGUUUUGCGUAAACAAGCGCUGUAACAUGGAAAUACGGCCGCGUGGGAACCCUAACCCUGUAAAGAAAGCGAUAGAUCUUGUUACCAAAGCCACAGAGGAGGAUAAGAACAAGAACUAUGAGGAGGCUUUGCGCCUUUACCAGCAUGCAGUGGAGUACUUCCUGCAUGCUAUCAAGUAUGAUGCACACAGUGACAAGGCAAAGGAGAGCAUACGUGGGAAGUGUAUGCAGUACCUAGACCGGGCAGAGAAACUCAAAGAUUACUUGAAGAACAAAGAAAAAGCAGGGAAGAAGCCUGUCAAGGAAGCACAGAGUAAUGAUAAGAGUGACAGUGACAGCGAGGGUGAAAAUCCAGAGAGAAAGAAACUGCAAGAGCAACUAAUGGGUGCCAUUGUAAUGGAAAAGCCCAAUGUCCGGUGGAACGAUGUGGCUGGACUAGAGGGAGCUAAGGAGGCCUUGAAGGAAGCUGUAAUCCUGCCCAUUAAAUUCCCGCACCUCUUCACAGGCAAACGCACUCCAUGGAGAGGGAUUCUUCUCUUUGGACCCCCUGGGACGGGAAAGUCUUACCUGGCCAAAGCAGUAGCCACAGAAGCCAACAACUCCACCUUCUUCUCUGUGUCAUCAUCAGACCUCAUGUCCAAGUGGCUUGGAGAGAGUGAGAAACUGGUGAAGAACCUGUUUGAUCUUGCCCGCCAGCACAAGCCCUCCAUCAUCUUUAUUGAUGAGGUGGACUCACUCUGUGGCUCCAGGAAUGAGAAUGAGAGUGAGGCAGCCCGGCGGAUCAAGACAGAGUUCCUGGUGCAGAUGCAAGGUGUGGGCAACAACAAUGAUGGAAUCCUUACCCUUGGGGCCACUAACAUUCCCUGGGUUCUGGAUGCUGCCAUCCGCAGAAGGUUUGAGAAGCGUAUCUACAUCCCUCUCCCAGAGGAGCCUGCUAGGUCCCAGAUGUUUCGUCUGCACCUGGGCAACACACCCCACAGCCUGAGUGACGCAGACCUUCGUCAGCUUGCCAAAAAGACAGAAGGCUACUCUGGGGCUGACAUCAGCAUCAUUGUACGAGAUGCCCUCAUGCAGCCUGUCAGGAAAGUGCAGUCAGCCACACACUUCAAAAAGGUGCGAGGGGCGUCCCGUGCCAACAGUCAAUUGAUGGUGGAUGACCUUCUGACCCCGUGUUCGCCUGGGGACCCGGCUGCCAUAGAGAUGACCUGGAUGGAAGUCCCUAGCGACAAGCUGCUGGAGCCCAUCGUCUGCAUGUCUGACAUGCUGCGGUCCCUGUCCACCACGCGCCCCACAGUCAACACGGAGGACUUGUUCAAGGUCAGGAAGUUCACAGAGGACUUUGGACAGGAGGGUUGAGAGAGCCUUGUCAUCUGGAGCUUAACAACUCCUUACCCUGUGUGGUGGAAAUAUGAAUUACAUACUAUACUGUUUAAUUAGACAUACUAUGCUGUUUUACCUAGAGAUUUGUCUAUUGUUAUAUGUUAGUAUUUUUACUGAUACAGGCUUGUCUUGUGUGACUUAGUGGGAAGUGCAGGGAGGAACAGAGAGUGGUGGCGAUAUCAGCUAUCUUGAUCUACACAGACAAGCUAAAUGACAUUUUAUAUCUCUGUUCCCCGGGCCUGUUUCUGCACAUCUGCUAAACUGCCACAUAGACAAAAUAGGUUGCACUUUUUCUAUGAGAGGAGAGAUACAACUCUGUUCAUUGCGCUUUCCUAACGAUGCACUAAUUGAGUGGUUGUUAUUGAUUGCUUCAUUUUGGCUAAUCUUAUAAUGAAGUUGAAGAAUACAGUCUCUCUCCUUUUGGUUAGAAUUACCACCACACCUGCCACUUCUUCUCUCAAGCCCCAUGCAUGAUGGAGCCUUUUAACUUCAUGUACAGUAUAUUAUUUCCCUCCGAUCAUUCACUAUUGCAGUCCUGAAGACAGAAAGACUAUUUAUUUCUCUGCCAUUUUGCACUUUUUUAAGUUAUUUGAAGUUAAUAAUAUGAACGAGAGGUAUUGAAGCACUUUUGAACAAUUGCAUAUUUCAUUGUUUUCUUGUCUCUCGUGUGUAAGUGAAUACAUGUCUUUUAUUCAAUGUGUCAGUCUUAAUGUAUGUCUUUUAUGUGUAUGAUUUCUCUGUUUGCUUUUUCAUUUAUUGAGUAUUGACUGACCAUAGCUGCUCCAGUGUUGCCACCUCUCCCAAUCCCCACUAGAGCUGUCCCUAUGUUACAAAUAGUGUUACUUACACUACUUAUAAUUAUUUAUUUGAUUAUUUUCAUCUCGUCAUGAUUUUUGUGUUGACUGACUGAGGACAGUUGUUGAGUGGGGGAGGCGUUUACAUUUUAGUAUUUCUCUGUUGAUAUGUGAGUGAAGAUGAGGACGAGCAUUUUUGUAUUUCUGGAUUUGAACAUUGGAAAUAAUAUUUCCACGACGGACACUAUCAUAUUGUUCCAAUACUGUUGUCAUAAUAGUAUUGCCGUGUCUCUGUAUAGAUGGGGGUAUCGGUUCAGUAAUACUUAAGUCAGUUCUGGUCCCAAGGGGAUCUCACUCCUGUUACAUGUAGUUACCCUGACUUAAUAAAUCCAGAAUUCAAAAAGAACAA